CUGUGCAACCGUUUUAGUAAUUCAACACCGUCUGAUGAGCUGAGGAAAAUUUCAAACCAGUCAGUCACACGAGCCGGCUUGUAAAGGAGAAACGUGUGUGAAAGUAAAACGUGCCGGGAUUACCUAUAUUACGCAUUAUAUACCAUAAAACUAGUUUCAGUAUCGGAUCCAUAGUAAAUGGAGCGCCUGCGACAACCGUCAUCUGAGUAUACUCAUCUUCACCAAACUCACCCUGAUCAGCAUUGAGAAUAAUGGAUGGCAUCAAAUGGCUGGUGCUGUGGUCGCUGUGGGCGGCGCGGGUGGUCAGGCAGCCGACAGUUCCAGUACGCGUCGCCGGAGGACUGCUACGAGGGUCGAUAUCCAAUUCGGGAACAUACGCUGAGUACUUCGCCAUACCAUAUGCAACCGUUGUACAAAGAUUCCAGGAACCUGGUCCAGAACCUAAAUGGGAGGGAAUCCUCGAAGCCGUCAACGAGAAUAUAAGAUGCGUGCAAAGAUUUACAGGAAACUUAAUAUCAGGCCAAGAAGACUGUUUAACUCUGAAUAUCUACACACCCUUAAAAACCUCUCCAAAUUUGUACCCUGUUAUGGUAUUCAUUCACGGGGGAGGUUUUAGAGACGGUUCAAGUUCACCAUUCAUUUAUGGACCAGAUUAUUUAAUCAAACAUGAAGUUAUCCUUGUUACUUUUAAUUAUAGACUCGAAAACUUGGGUUUUCUGUGUCUAGGAAUUAAGGAGGCACCAGGCAACGUCGGUCUCAAAGAUCAGGUGGCUGCACUAAAGUGGAUAAAACAAAACAUAAAAGCGUUUGGUGGUGAUCCCGACAGCAUCACCAUUUUUGGUGAAAGCGCCGGUGCUGCAUCAGUUUCGUAUCAUAUUAUCUCACCGAUAUCCAAAGGCCUAUUCCAUAGAGCAAUCAUGCAAAGCGGUUCAUCAACAUCACCAUGGGCUUUGCAGAUGGAACCUUUGAAAGUUGCAAGUCAACUAGCUUAUCAAUUUGGCUCUAACACUACAGAUCCCUAUGAAAUUUACAAUUUACUCAUGACCAAAUCAGCGAAACAGCUGCUUCAGGCUCGAGUACCUAGGCGAAAAGGUGAUAUUCUACUGUCAGAGAAUAUUUUUACACCGUGCAUUGAGAAAAUUAUACCUAAUACAGAACAAUUCUUGGCGGAAGCGCCAUAUAAGACAAUGGUAAAUGGUCAAUACAAUAAGGUUCCGAUUAUUAUCGGUUACAACAGCGCUGAAGGAUACAUGUUUGCUGCCAGAGAAAAUGAUACAACAAUCGCAAAUUUGGAUUUCGUCCAAGCCACGCCAGUAGAUUUGUCAUUCCCUACAGAAAAGGAGAAACGGCGAACAGCGAUGAAGUUAAAAAAUCUCUAUAUGGGCAAUGAGGAAGUUAGCAAAAAGACAAUCGUGAAGGUUUCUUUCUUUGAAGGUGAUGCACACAUUACAUAUCCAGUUAUAGCAACAACUGAGCUUCUUUUGAAGACCUCUGAUCAGCCUGUUUACUCUUAUAAAUUCAAUUAUGAUGGAUGGAUGAAUAUAGUCAAAUUUUUGUACGGAUUCCGCGGUGAAGUUGGAGCAACUCAUGCUGAUGAACUGUUCUAUAUGUUUAAACUUAGAAUUCCUCUUAUAACUGCUUUUUAUGAAAAAGAUAUGAUUAACACGAUGAGUAAAAUGUGGACUAACUUCGCUAAAUUCAGCAACCCCACACCAGAGUCAACCCCAUCAUUGAAAGUAAAAUGGCAGGCCUCAGAUAGAAACGACCCGUACUCUUUAGUCAUAGACAAGUAUUUCACGACCAUACCCCUUUGGGAAGAUGUGAAAAUGCUGUUUUGGAACGCUACUUACACGAAAUAUAGAAAAAAAUUGUGAAAGAUUAUAAAAUUUUACUUCCAUUUA